UUGCUCUUAUUCGUCUCUCAUGUUCUUAAUCUAUACGUUAUAUAUGGAUAUUGUGAAGGAAGGCUAGAUCUGGAUUAUAAGAAGCCAUAUUUUUGGUUUUGAUUAUCUGAUACGGAAAUUGUUGAAUUUUGACUUAUUAAUAUUCUGUUUAAAUUUCUUUAUAAUAGUAAAUAUGUAUAUAUUUAUGUUAUCAUGGGGUUUUCUCUCGCAAAGAUCCGCCAUCUGAUCGAUCUUGUUGAAUAAUUCCUGUCAUUUUAAAUGUGUUUUUGGUAUUAGUUUCAGUUUCAGGAGAGUAAAGAAGAAAAUAUAAACAAGAAUGGUGAAAAUCUGUUGUAUCGGAGCUGGGUAUGUCGGAGGUCCAACCAUGGCUGUCAUAGCAUUAAAAUGCCCGUCAAUCGAAGUGGCUGUUGUCGACGUCUCCGUGCCUCGAAUCACAGCAUGGAACAGUGAAAAACUCCCUAUCUACGAACCUGGACUCGACGACGUCGUAAAGAAAUGCAGAGGCAAGAAUCUUUUCUUCAGUAACGAAGUUGAAAAGAAUGUCGCACAAGCAGAUAUAGUCUUCGUCUCCGUCAAUACUCCAACUAAAAGUUCAGGACUUGGUGCCGGAAAAGCCGCCGACCUCACGUACUGGGAAAGCGCUGCACGUAUGAUCGCCGACGUAUCAAAAUCCUCCAAAAUCGUAGUUGAAAAGUCAACAGUUCCCGUUAAAACAGCAGAAGCCAUAGAAAAGAUUCUCACCCACAACAAUAAAGGCAUCGAAUUUCAAAUCCUCUCAAACCCGGAAUUCCUCGCUGAAGGUACUGCAAUCGCCGACUUAUUUGACCCCGAUCGUGUCCUUAUCGGAGGUAGAGAAGAAACUCCGGGAGGGUUAAAAGCCAUUAAAACAUUAAAAGAUGUUUACGCUCAUUGGGUCCCAGAAGAACGAAUCAUAUGUACUAAUCUUUGGUCUGCUGAGCUUUCCAAACUCGCUGCCAACGCUUUUUUAGCACAAAGAAUCUCUUCUGUUAACUCAAUCUCAGCUCUAUGUGAAGCAACAGGUGCCAAUGUUACCCAAGUUUCUUAUUCCGUAGGUAAAGAUCAAAGAAUCGGGUCAAAGUUUUUAAGCGCGAGUGUUGGGUUUGGUGGGUCUUGUUUUCAAAAAGACAUCUUGAAUUUAGUUUACAUUUGCGAAUGCAAUGGUCUCCCCGAAGUCGCAAACUACUGGAAACAAGUUAUAAAGAUCAAUGAUUACCAAAAGAAUCGAUUUGUGAACAGACUUGUGUCUUCCAUGUUUAACACGGUGUCAGGAAAAAAGAUUGCGAUUUUAGGGUUUUCUUUCAAGAAAGACACCGGUGACACGAGGGAAACUCCGGCGAUUGAUGUGUGUAGAGGUUUGUUAUCGGAUAGAGCUCAGUUGAUUAUAUAUGAUCCUCAGGUUCCAGAAGAGCAAAUGAUGAAGGAUCUUUCGAUGCCGAAGUUCGACUGGGACCAACCUUCAGGGUCGACAACGAUUCAGAUAGAUGAAGAGACUGUUAGGAAAAGUGUUAAAGUGGUUCAUAAUGCUUAUGAAGCUACAAAGGAUGCUCAUGCGAUUUGUAUUCUUACCGAGUGGGAUGAGUUUAAGAGUCUUGAUUAUAAGAAGAUUUUUGAUAAUAUGCCGAAACCAGCUUAUGUUUUUGAUGGUAGGAAUGUUGUAGAUGUGGGAAAGUUAAGGCAGAUUGGGUUUAUUGUUUACUCGAUUGGGAAGCCGUUGGACCCAUGGUUGAAGGACAUGCCUGCCGUUGCUUGAGUUAAGAUGGAGUAGUAUUGGUUAAUUAGGUUAAACUUUUAACUUUCCAACGUUUAGUGUUUCAUUUUUGCUCUUUUUUGGUUAUUCAUAAGGAUAUUAAUUAAUUAGUUACGGUUUUGAUGUAAGUGUAGUUUUAAUUAAGUAAUAAG